UCCACUUUGAAACCCAAAGCCCAUGUCACACGCGCGGAGUCCUCAACAUUCUUUUGCAGCACCACCACCCACUGAACUGAACCGAAGUAAUAAAAAAAGGCACACGCACAUAGAAAGAGAGACAGUACAAAGCCAUCAGCUUCAUACUAUCUCCCCCAUCCACUAGCAUCAGCAUGGAGGCUGUGUUUUGUGCAAGGACGCUUCCUAAACCUUGUUCUACUCGCUGAUGGAGACGUAAGGAUAGGGAAAGAGAUAAGCUUCUCCAGAGAGGAGAAUUUGUAAUGGUGGUGGUGAGUGCUGCUGAUUCUGCAGUGAUUGGCAAGAAAAAUAACACAGACCACUCAAGUUUUGCAGAUUAUGUCAACCAAAAAGAAGCAACUUCUCUCUACUGCCAUGAGGAGAACUAGUGAAUGGAUCUUUUCCCAGGAGAUCCCAAGUGAUGUCACCGUUCAUGCCGGAGGAGCCAACUUCUCCCUGCACAAAUUUCCCUUGGUUUCAAAAUGCGGGUAUAUCCGUAAAGUAGUGGCGGAGGCCAGUGAUGCAGAUCUUUCAUUCAUAGAAAUUCCGGACAUUCCAGGUGGAGCGGAAGCGUUUGAGUUGGCUGCAAGGUUCUGCUACGGCAUAAACUUUGAGAUAAGUACUGAUAACAUAGCCAUGCUCCGAUGCGUGGCAGAGCAUUUAGAGAUGACAGAGGACUAUGCCGUCGGCAAUCUUGUUAGCAGAGCAGAAGCUUACAUCAACGAAGUCGCCUUGAAAAGCCUCUCUGGAUCAGUAUCGGUGUUGCAUCAGUGUGAAAAGCUGAAUCCGAUGGCUGAGAAGGUUAAAUUGAUAAAUAGGUGCAUAGAUGCAGUAGCAUACGUUGCCUGCCAAGAAAGCCAAUUUAGUUCCUCAGGAAUAACAGACAGUCAAGAAAGUUUGAGCUCUUCAGCAUCCCACCAUAGAUCGGCAAUAGUUGACUGGUGGGCAGAGGAUCUAACGCUUCUACGAAUUGAUAUCUUCCAACGGGUUCUCAUGGCAAUGAAGGCCAGAGGGUUUAACCAGUCCGCUCUUGGACCAGUGCUUAUGCUAUAUGCUCAAAAGUCAUUGAGAGGAUUGGAAAUUUUUGGGAGGGGAAGAAAGGUGAUAGAGCUGAAACAGGAACACGAGAAACGGGUUAUUCUGGAAACCAUUGUAAGCCUUUUGCCAGGGGAGAAAAAUUCAAUGUCGGUCAGCUUCUUGUCAAUGCUUCUGCGGGCUGCAAUAUACCUGGAGACAACAGUUGCUUGCAGGCUCGAUCUAGAGAAGAGGAUGGGUCUGCAGCUUGGUCAAGCAGUAUUGGACGAUUUAUUGAUUCCUUCCUAUUCUUUUGCUGGUGACACGUUGUUUGAUGUAGAUACAGUUCAAAGGAUCUUGGUAAACUACUUAGAGAGAGAUAUGAUAGAGGGUCCGAAUGCCGAUGAUGAUUUUGCAUAUCCUCCAAACGCAGACUUGGAAAGGGUUGGCAGGCUUAUGGAGAACUAUGUUGCAGAAAUUGCAACGGAUCCAAACUUGAAAGUUGCCAAGUUUAUCAGCCUUGCUGAAUUGGUACCAGAACAAGCUAGGAUUACCGAAGAUGGCAUGUACAGGGCAAUAGAUAUCUACUUAAAGGCCCAUCCUACUCUAAGUGACAUGGAGAGAAAGAAGGUCUGCAGCAUGAUGGACUGCCAAAAGCUCUCAAGAGAAGCCUGUGCUCAUGCGGCUCAAAAUGACAGACUUCCUGUACAGACUGUUGUACAAGUGCUUUACUAUGAACAACAACGUCUCCGAGAUACGAUGAAUGGAAAUGUUAUGGGAGCUGAAUCUCCUGCCAUUAGCAAACUGAGCACCUAUUCAAGCGACCAUCUUGUUGCAGACGAGCUUUCGUGCUUGCGGAGAGAAAAUGAGGAUUUGAAACUGGAACUCGUAAAGAUGCGCAUGCGACUUAAGGAGCUUGAAAAGCCUCCACCAAAUACGCUUCCAGCUUCUGUUUCUGCGUCUGAUGAAAAGCCUCCACUGCCCAGAAAGUCAUUUAUGAACACAGUGUCAAAGAAACUAGGUCGCCUUUAUCCCUUCAUGCGUGCUGAAGGAGUGAAGCCUUUGUCAGUUGCUAAAGUCAGAGGAAAGCCAAAUAAAGACCGGAGACAUUCAAUCUCCUAAAACCUUGAUCCCUUGUAAUUUUAUUUUAUAGUGGAUAUCCAAAAAAAAAUUGUAAAGUA